AUGAACGACGUUUUCCUGAAUCCUGUGCACCCUCUACCCGCAAUCCGGGUCAAGUCCGCCUCCCCCUCUGGUCCCUCGGCCUCGACCAAACCUGGCCGUCCUUCUUCCAUUAAGAAACACCCACCAUCAACGCCUCUAAAUGCUGCUUUUGAUUCAAUCUCCCGGGCCAUCAAAGGCGCAAAUAACCUUGUCUUGUCUCUUCGUGAUGGACUGUCUGAGCUGGAACGGGAAAACAGGAGGAAAAAGGAAGAGCGCAGGCUUGUGCUCUCUAUUCAUAUGAAGAAUGCGGAAAGCAGAAAACAAUGGCAGGAAGCUGCAGAAGAGCUCGACAUCCUCGAGGAAAACGACCUUUGGAAACUCGACCCAUAUUCAGGAGAUUACAACCCAGCCCUGAUUGAGGCGCGCCUAAAAGAACUCGACGAUGCACGAACGAAUUGCGACACUCGUGCCAUGAUGCACCUUGUUCGAACCGCCCUAUGCAGAGACCUUGGCGGCAUGGGGAACGUCGAUCUAUACAGACACUCCUACGUAGGCACGAAGAGCCUCAUCGAACGUUAUGUCGACUCGGCCAUGCAGACGAUCGACGCCCUAGUAGAGAAGAGUCAGUUCGCGUUGCCCGAAGGCAUGGGUCAGAGGGAUAUUCUCGAGAGCGUACUAUACGCCCGUCAAAGCUUUGGUCGAAGUGCAUUGCUCUUGAGUGGAGGCGGGACUUUGGGUAUGUCCCAUAUUGGUGUUCUCAAGGCCCUCUUCGAAGUCAAGCUGCUUCCGCGCAUCAUAUCAGGUGCCUCGGCAGGUUCCAUUGUGUCGGCCGUAAUCUGUACGAGGACCGAUGAAGAGAUUCCUCGGCUCGUAAAGGAAUUCCCCUAUGGCGACCUAGCUGUCUUUGACGCCGACGAGAACCCCGACGGCGUCUUCGACCACAUGCGGAGACUCCUCACCGAAGGAAGCUGGUCCGAUAUAAAACACCUGACCCGCGUGAUGCGUGGUUUGGUUGGAGAUCUUACCUUUCAGGAGGCCUAUAACCGAACUCGGCGAGUCCUCAAUAUUUGCCUGCCGCGUCUGCUAAACUACAUCACGGCACCCAAUGUCAUGAUCUGGUCCGCUGUAGCUGCAUCAUGCUCCGUACCCCUCGUCUUCAGCGCUGCCCCGCUGCUCGUAAAGGACCCCGAUACCGGCGAACACAUGCCCUGGAAUCCGACACCGCAGCGAUGGAUCGACGGGUCUGUGGACAACGAUUUGCCCAUGACGAGGCUUGCAGAGAUGUUCAACGUAAAUCACUUCAUUGUCUCUCAAGUGAAUCCUCACGUUACCCCGUUUCUGGCUCGUGAUGACCAGCUGGAUCCCGAUGAUUUCGCGGCACGCCGGGGGUCCAGCCUGUCACCCAGCAAGCAAGAGCUUGACUGGGUCUACGCCCUCACUGCCCUCGCCAAAGACGAGGCAUUGCAUCGUUUGCAUUUCCUUGCCGAGAUUGGUGUCUUUCCGAAUCUCGUCACUAAGCUUAGGAGCAUUCUCAGCCAAAAGUAUUCGGGCGACAUCAACAUUCUCCCAGAAGUAAAUGUUCACGACAUUCCGAAAAUCCUCAGCAAUCCGAGCCCGGAGUUCAUGCUGCGAGCCUGUUUGAUGGGUGAGCGUGCUGCGUGGCCAAAACUGAGCCGGAUCCGCGAUCGUUGUGCCAUUGAGCUCGCGUUGGACAGGGCGGUCCAUCGUUUGCGAGCCCGCGUCGUAUUCUCGGAUAGUCAAGUUGACUUGAGGAGGCUCACCACCGGCAUCGCUUUGCCACCUCCUUGGCCCAAAUCGAUUGCCCUUCCAAAGCAGACAUCUUCGGUAGCCCCCGCUCUGACGCUAGACACCGAAGUCGUGAAGAACAGGCAGCGUAGAUGUUCCGGUAGCAGCGUGCAACUCAUGGCCCAUCAUAGGCGUCUGAUGGAGAACGUACUUACAGACGAAGAGACGGAAGAGGAAGAACGACUAGAGAUGCGGGCAAGGCAUGGCCAUGGUAGCUCCUCACCUGUCAUUGUUCGCAAACCACGCCUCAAGAGGGCGGCAAAGAGCCAUUACAAUGUCUCGCUGGUUAGAGGACCGAUGACGAGCCCGAUUAACCAGGCGCAACUUGAGGCCACAGAGUUCGACUUUGGGAAGCCUGUUACACCGCCACUGCACCGCUCACGAAAAUCGGAAUCCUCUCUGUUCCACGCCCGAAAACCGAGCAGCCUUGAGAUGACACCGGCGAAAGAAUUUGAGUUGGUAGCGCCACCAUCGAGGGGCGAGGCAACCUCGCACACGGAUGAAAUGGAGACAUCAGACCUUCACUCUUCUGACGGCGAUGUAGAGUCACAUACAGAAGACACAAUGUCCGACCCGGACCCGUAUGAGGGCAACUGGCUGCAUGGGCCUGCGAAUGAGUUGGAGACGACGCCCAAGAGCGACAAAGAGGUGCUUGAGGUUAGCAGUCGUGAACUGGUUCCAGUGGGCGACUCGUUGGAAGGACUUUGGGAUUGA